UUAAUUAAACCCUAAUUAGGAGCUCGAAUAAAAAUCCGUUGUAAGUUCCCCAAUCUAGUACGGAAGCGACGUGUCAGAACGCGAUUGAGCGGCCCACCAACACAUGCCCACACCAAAUCGAAAUCCCACCACCCAUCUCCACACAAUAAAUCCCAUCUACACCAACACCGCACCACCCGCACUCUCUCACUCCUCUCUCUCUCUACAAUGGAUUCCCUCACUCUUUUCUCCACCGCCGCCAUCGUCCUCGCCGGCGGCCUCUACUGGUUCGUCUGCGUCCUCGGCUCCGCCGAGCAGAAGGGGAAGCGCGCCGUCCACCUCUCCGGCGGCUCAAUCGCGGCGGAGAAAGUCCAGGACACGUACAAGCAGUACUGGUCCUUCUUCCGCCGCCCCAAGGAGAUCGAGACGGCGGAAAAGGUCCCCGCCUUCGUCGACACCUUCUACAACCUCGUCACCGACAUCUACGAGUGGGGCUGGGGCCAGUCAUUCCACUUCUCCCCCGCCGUGCCUGGGAAAUCCCACCGUGAUGCCACACGCCUCCACGAGGAGAUGGCGGUGGAUCUCCUCAACGUCGGCCCGGGAAAACGUAUCCUCGACGCCGGCUGCGGAGUCGGCGGCCCGAUGCGCGCCAUCGCAGCCCAUUCCGGCGCCAACGUCGUCGGCAUCACCAUCAAUGAGUACCAGGUGAAGCGCGCCCGCGCACACAACAAGAAAGCCGGACUGGACAGCCUCUGCGAGGUCGUGUGCGGCAACUUCCUCGAGAUGCCGUUCGAGGACUCGAGCUUCGACGGCGCGUACUCGAUCGAGGCGACCUGCCACGCGCCGAAGCUCGAAGAAGUCUACGCCGAGAUCUACCGCGUUUUGAAGCCCGGGGCGCUCUACGUUUCGUACGAGUGGGUGACGACGGAGCUCUUCCGUGGCGACGACGCGGAGCACCGCGAGGUGAUCCAGGGGAUCGAGCGGGGCGACGCGCUCCCGGGAUUGAGGCACUACAGCGACAUCGCCGCCGCCGCGAGCAAGGUAGGGUUUGAGGUCCUUCAGGAGAAGGAUCUAGCGAAGCCGCCGUCGCAGCCGUGGUGGACGCGGCUGAAGAUGGGGAGGAUCGCCUACUGGAGGAACCACAUCCUCGUCACGAUCCUCGCGUUCAUCGGAAUCGCGCCCAAAGGCGUCGUCGACGUGCACGAGAUGCUCUUCGUGACGGCGGAUUAUCUCACCAGAGGCGGCGAGAGCGGGAUCUUCACGCCGAUGCACAUGAUUCUCUGCAGAAAGCCUGAGAGUAAGUCUGAUUAGGGUUCAUGUUUGUACUGUAAUUUUCGCGGGGAUUUCUUCUCUUCUGCGCUCUUGCUGUUUUUUUUUGGGGGUCGUUUUUUUUUGUUAUCUACUUAAUUAUGGGUUUAAUUUAUCAUUUUGUUUUGCUUAUUGAAUUUAAUUUGAAUGAAUAGCGUUAUAAUUUCUUAGAGUUA